AUGAACUCCGAACCACGGCUGAGCGUUGAGCAGCCAGCCAUGCCGAACUCUCCUGCAUGCUUGGGCGAGGCGUCUGAUCCGCCCGUAACGAAUGGCGAACAGGAGAUGGCGGAACUUGGAAAAGUAUCAUCCAACGAUGAGGAACCCAAGGAACUGCAGAUGCAGAGGUGGUGGCAAGAGUCGAUCACCAAAGUCAUGGGGGUUCAGAACGGUUACAAGAACGUCCAUGUUCUGAUGGUCAAGUGGGAGAGAAAAUACGACCAGCUCAGAGUGCAUUCCGAGCUCUCCGAGCUCAAAGCUGUUUUCGAGGACAAGUACGGCUACGCUACCAAGACGAUCGAGCUCAGCCUGCCCCGCAAUCCGCAGAUGCAGUUGACGAAUGCCAUUUCUGGCUUCAUCGUCGAAAACGACGACCCGCAAAACCUACUGAUCGUCUACUACGCCGGCCAUGGCAUCUUCCACGACGACGGCAAAAGGCUGGAGCUCGCUGGUUCCGACGACCCCGACGAAGCCGUCCUCUCCAAAGUCUUCUGGAACGAAGUGCAAACCCUCUUCGUCGAGCACGCGGCGGGCGACGUGCUGGCCAUCAUGGACUGCUGCUUCGCCAGCAACCUCAUGUCGCGGGCGGGCCGCAAGGUCAACAGCCGCGCCUUCGAGCUGCUGGCCGCCAGCACCAUCGACAAGAUCACCGAGAGCCCCGGCGACAAGUCCUUCACCCGCGCCCUGAUCCGCUGCCUGACCGAGCUGGCCGAGCAGCGGCCGCCGAGCAGUGACGGCACCGGCGGCGACGGCUCCUUCGACAUGCACGAGCUCUCGCAGCACAUCAACCGGGUCCGCACCGCCACGCCGUGCCAGCUGUGGGGCGUGCUCAAGGGGAACCGGCGGCACAUCCGGCUCACGCCGCAGCGGGCGCGGGAGGAGCAGGAGCAGGAGCAGGAGCGGGCGGGCCCGCGCGAGCAGCCGUGGACGUUCGACCCGCCGGGCGGCCUGCUGUCGCUGCAGUUCAUCCUCGGCGAGCGGGAGCUGGCCCGGGAGACGAUACGCAACCUCGCGCGGCAGCUGCCCGACGUGUUCAAGGCCAACGAGGUCCGCCUGCGCAACGUCCGCUGGCUGGACUUUGAGCGCCCGAAGAUGUUCCCGCGGUUUACUGGCAUCUUGCUGCAUGGGAAGAGGAUGGGGUCGAUCGGUCGGAAGAGGAAGGCCUCGUCGACCCCGGUGGCUGAUCAGAGUUCGGACGGCGUUUUGGGUGGGAAGAAGCGGCGGUCGCUUGGUUCGCCAUCGGAUCUGCGCACGCCUGUCGAUAGGAGGAUGCAGCUUUCCGAUCAGGAUGGUCCGACUUCUGGCGAUGAGUCGGUGGGUUAG